GUGCUUAAUUAUGUAUUAUUUAAACUAUUUAAUAAAAAUUAUGCAAGUAAGUGAGUGUGUUCAGAUCAGGGUCAUCUCCAUUCACCAUGCCCAGAGCCAAACAGAUCCCUCAGCCUUAUAUUGACUGCCACAUUCUUUCUGUCUCUGUAAGAGACCGGAGUAACACUGUGCUGGCCAUGAUGCUUCUGCAGGUAUCUAUUCUGCUUUGGUUUGGAGCCUUUAGGUUCAGUUUCUCCGAUGCGCUUGUGGACCUGGAACCGAUCCGGACUGAGUCAGCCCUGCUCAAACCAAAGGUGAUGAUCGCCAUUCUGGCUCGCAAUUCCCAACACAGCCUUCCUUUUUACCUGGGCUGCAUCGAACGCUUGGACUAUCCAAAGGACAGGAUUGCUAUCUGGGCUGCAGCAGACCACAGCAUUGAUAAUACGACGGCCAUGCUGCAGGAGUGGGUGUCUGGAGUGGAGGGACUGUACCAUUCCGUACGAUUCCGGACCACGGAGAAUGGGCAGAGUUCCUAUGCUGAUGAGCUUGGUCCCAAGCACUGGCCAGACUCCAGAUUCAGCCAUGUGAUGCAGCUGAGGCAUGCUGCUCUCCGAUCUGCCCGGUCUCAAUGGGCCGACUACAUCUUGUUUGCCGACAGCGAUAACUUGCUGACAAACCCGAAGGUCCUGAGCCAGCUGAUAGCCGAGAACCGCACACUGGUGGCCCCCAUGCUGGAAUCCAGAACGCUCUACUCCAACUUCUGGUGUGGUAUGACCACACAGGGGUAUUAUAAGAGAACCGAGUCAUACAUUCCCAUUCGAAACUGGAAGCGGGUUGGGUGCCACGCCGUGCCCAUGAUCCACUCCACCAUGCUGCUGGAUUUACGUCGCCGCACCAGCCGUGCCCUGGCCUUCUACCCACUCCACCAGCUCUACCAAUGGAUCCUGGAUGACAUCCUAGCUUUCUCCUUUUCAGCGAGACAGGCAGGAGUGCAGAUGUUUGUGUCUAACAGAGAGCAUUAUGGGUAUUUGCCUGUGCCACUGCAGACCCAGCAGACCCUGGAGGAUGAGGCAGAGAGCUUCACCCACACACUCACGGAGGCAAUGCUUGAUUUCGCCUUGGAGCCUUCACGCUAUUUGCACAUGCCAUCCAGAAACAAAGACAGAAUGGCAUUUGAUGAGAUAUACAUCAUUAAUCUAAUGCGCCGCAUGGACCGUAGGGUGCGUAUGUUGCGCACUUUGGAUGUUUUGGGGAUUGAAGUCACACUGACUGAUGCCGUGGAUGGCAAGUACGAGAUUACAAUAUGGCUGAAAAUAGUACACGUGCAAUAUAAAUUGCUCUAUUUAAAAAGUAAGAAAUUGAUUUAUUCCAGAGCUUUGAACUCGUCGCAGCUCCAGGUUUUAGGGAUAGAGAUGCUGCCCAGCUACCAAGACCCUUACUCUGGCCGAGUGCUCACGAAAGGAGAGAUCGGAUGUUUUCUCAGCCAUUACAACAUCUGGAAGCAGGUGGUGGAACAUAAGCAGCAACAGGUACUCGUUCUAGAAGACGACAUUCGCUUUGAACCGAAUUUCAAGAGGCGUCUGAACACAAUCAUGGAGGAUAUUUGGCGGACAGAGCUCCAGUGGGAUUUGAUAUACGUGGGCCGUAAGCGGUUGCAGGUGAAGAAUCCUGAACGCUGGGUGCAGGGGAUAAAGAACCUGGUAUACCCUGAUUAUUCCUAUUGGACUCUGGGAUACGCACUUUCUCUUCAGGGUGCUAAGAAACUGCUGGAAGCCAAACCUUUGGGCAAAAUGCUGCCAGUAGAUGAGUUCCUGCCUGUUAUGUUCAACAAGCACCCUAAAGAAGAGUACCUGGCUCACUUUAAGCAGCGGGACCUGCUAGCCUUCUCAGUGGAACCUCUCCUCCUCUACCCAACCCACUACACAGGAGAAGCAGGCUAUAGCAGUGACACGGAGACGUCCACCAUCUGGGACAAUGAGAGCAUUAACACAGACUGGGACCGGCAGGGUACCCACAAAAAGCAGAACCGUGGCGAUGCAGCCCCUGUACCUACUUCCGAUGGGGGCAGCAGGGAUGAACUGUAAGCUAGCCAAUCACAGUGCAGAACUGGACAGCAUGGGGUUUAUUGCAUUUUAUGGACAUCAAAAUCUGGUCAUAUAUUCGAAAGGUGCUGACAAGGUAUUGAGGAAAGAUUUGUGUCUUAAACACUUACAAAGGUCAACAAAUGAAUGACAACAAAUAUGAAAGUCAGAUUACAUCACGCAUAGCCAAUAUUACUUACAUGUCUAUAUGUAUUAUGUCCUUUGAAAAUUCAGAGCCCAAGGGUUCUUUGGUUGUCCAUUAAUGGUUUUAUACAGAAUCCAGUAACUAACCCAGAAAGGGUUCCAAGUUCCACGUACCAUUUCAGGAAGCUAAGAAGUCUUAAUUAUCCCAUGAACUCUUAAAGAACUUAAGAAAAUAAGUACCAAUAAUUUGGAGUUUACCCCAUUAAUACAUGCACUCUUGGGAAAAAGAUUCUUCAGUGGUUCUUUGGAUGACAUAAGAGUUCUUAGCGUAAAAAUAAUAAUAAUAAUAAUAAUCUACUUUUAUUUAACCCUUUUAUUGUAGUGUUCUACACUGAACAUUGAAGGGAUCCCCCAGGGUACUUUAAAGGAUUCGCUGGAUAAAUAAGGCUUCUUAAAAAGGUUCUACUUGAUCCCUUUCUGAUUUUGUUUUUGGAACAUUUUGUUGUAAAGUUCUACGCGGAGUCUUUAAUCAUUCCCCCCAGGGUUCACUGGAUAACCAAGAGUUAUUAGCUUCCAAAAAACGUUCUUUAUGUACCCUUUGUUCUAGGUGUUCUACAUUAAACCUCGAAGGGUUUCCACAGGGUUCAGCAGUUCCUGAAUUCCACCGGAACCCUUUCUGAUAGGAAAACCCUUGUUGCUGUGUUCUAUACUGAAUCAUGAAAGGUUUCUUCAGAAGGACAAUCGAAGGGUUCUGAAUAUUUUACCCCAGAUUAUAUUUUAAACUAUAAAGAAAACAUGUCAUUUACAUUAUGCUAAUCAGCGCCAAUUGAUGAUUUUUUAAAAAAAUUACAUAGUGUUUCAAUAACGUCACAUUCCAACAGAUGGAGAAAAUCCUAAAGCGAUUUCUUGAACAAGCCAUAUAAAAAAAAAAAAAAUCACUAUAAAACAUACAAUCAUCAUAAUUAAAUUUUUUAAUUUAUUUAAAAAGCACUGGCAGUUUCUUGUACUUUGAGGCAAAAUUCGCUACUGAAAAAACACCACACAAACAGCAUGUAAUAAAUUAAAUCAGCAGAGGAAUACCAAAAGAAAACCAACCAUAACAAAAAAUAACAACAUGCUUGUACAUCUGUGAAGUAUGGAGGUUCUAAGCAUUCAGUUUUAAUCACCUGAGGAGAUGCAUUAAAGCCCAAAUCCUGACGAGGGCAUAACCUCAUGAAAGGAAACAGACCUUUGAUGCAGUCUUGACAGACUUAUUAGUGUGACUGCUGACCUGCACAAAAAUGGAGUGUAUUUGGUUUUAGUGUGUAAAAACAAACAAACAAACAAACAAAAAAAUACAAAGCUAGAAUAAAUGAGGUCAAGAUUGGAUUGACAAAGCAAGGAGGCAGCUUUUUAGAUGAAGAUUAGCUUUUCUCUCACUAUAACUAAUUGAAACAAAACAAUACAACUCA